GUAGCGCAGCGGCUGCAUCUGGUGCGUUUCCUGCCGGGGGACGUCAUCAUCCGCCAGGGCGAGGAGGAGGCCUUCGACUUCUUCAUCGUCGACUCCGGCCGUUGCUCCGCUCAUGUACAAGAUGCCGAGGGCCUCCGGGAGGUUCGCGAGUACAGCCCAGGCAGCGAGCGAUCAUAG